GCAGUUUUUUCACUUGUCCUGUUCUGGCUUUAUAGCUUCUCGUGUGUAAUCACCUGCGUAUUUGGAAAUUGGGCAGGGUUUGCAGCUGGAUGCCAACGUCACUGACUAGUCUUCAGCCCACCAUGCAGAAAUAACAUGUUCCCAGCCUUGGAAAUGCAGCUAAAGCAGGAGACUCACAGACUUCCUGAUCCCUAUGAAGACUUUAUGUACCAUCACCUCCAAUAUUAUGGCUACUUUAAAGCUCAAAGAGGCAGUUUACCAAACUCUGCAACGUAUCAGCAUAUUCAGAAGAAUAACCAUCGAUACCUGUUGAAUGGCUCCCUUGGGGAAAAAGAUGAUUUGUUACCAGACACCCUGCAAAAGGACACACAUACUGAUUAUUACUCACAUAGAAGCUUCUCCUUUUGCAGGGUGUCUGAGAAAGCCAUCACAAUUAGAUGA